AAAUCUCUACACCAUUUCUUUCUAUCUCGUCCCAUUUUGUGAAAAGAUGGAGUUUCUCGAAAAACCCGAAUCCCGAUUUUUCAUCGGGAUUGCGGUUGCUCUGCUUUCCAUCGCCGCCUCAAUCUACGUCUUCUUUUCCAAGAAGCCCAGAGAAAGAUCAUGCCUGGACCCCGAGAAAUUCAAGGAGUUCAAGCUUGUGAAACGCACGCAGCUGAACCACGAUGUGGCCAAGUUCAGGUUCGAGCUUCCUACCCCUACUUCCGUUCUGGGUCUCCCGAUAGGACACCACGUUCGUUGUAGGGGUAAGGACGAUAAAGGGGAAGAUGUUCUAAAACCAUAUACUCCGAUCACAUUGGAUUCUGACGUUGGGUACUUCGAAUUGGUUGUCAAGAUGUAUCCCAAAGGAAGAAUGUCUCACCAUUUCCGGGAAAUGCGCGAGGGCGAUUAUCUGGCCGUGAAAGGGCCGACGGGUCGUUUUCGGUACCGGGCAAACCAGGUUCGUGCUCUCGGGAUGAUUGCCGGGGGAUCAGGCAUAACUCCGAUGUUUCAGGUUGUUCGAGGAAUUCUUGAGAACCCGAAAGACCAGACGAAGGUGAGCCUUAUCUAUGCCAAUACGACAUACGGAGACAUUCUUUUGAAGGAGGAAUUGGAUGGAUUUGCUUCCGAGUUUCCGGGGCGUUUUAGGGUUUACUAUGUGCUAAGCCGGCCUCCGGCGGAUUGGAGCGGCGGCGCCGGUCGCGUGUCGAGGGCAAUGAUAGAAUCUUACUGCCCAUCGCCUGCGCAUGAUGUUAAGGUAUUGAGGUGUGGACCGCCGCCCAUGAACAAUGCCAUGGCGGCUCACCUUGAUGCUCUUGGCUAUAAACCAGAUAUGCAGUUCCAAUUCUAGGAUUAUCUUGGGUUUGGGUUUGUUAGGGAAGGAAAGAAGAUUAUAUGGUUUGAUUGAUUGCAUAGCUUAAUUUAAUUAUUGCAAUGUAUUUUAAUUAAAAGUGGGGAUGUAACUAUAAACUCUCUUCUUUUUUGGUUUUGUAUGAUUCUUUCUCAAUGAGAGAAAAAAUUUAAAUGAAUAAGAUUCUCCUUU